AAAAUUAUCCUCAUUUAGGGCCCCGUAACUGCGGCACUCAAUAUAAAUGACAUGAGCCACCGCAAUAUCGAAAGCCCACACUCUUGAAAACACCAAGAGAGCAGAAAGAGUCUCUAGGGUUUCUCUGUGAGCGGAAAUUAUGUCGUCUAGGAACAAGGGAACCGUGAAAUGGUUCAGUGACCAAAAGGGUUUCGGUUUCGUCACUCCUGAUGAUGGUGGUGAUGAACUUUUUGUUCAUCAAUCUGGUAUCAGAUCUGAAGGUUUUCGUAGCUUAGCUGAAGGUGAAGCUGUAGAGUUCGAUGUUGAAUCCGGAAAUGAUGGCCGUACUAAGGCUGUCAACGUCACCGGUCCAGAUGGUGCUCCUGUCAAAGGAGGAUCCCGUGACAGUGGAGGCGAUCGCUAUGGUGGUGGCGGUGGAUACGGAGGCGGAGGUGGUCGUUAUGGUGGUGGUGACGGUGGUUACGGCGGCGGCGGCGGCGGUAGGUAUGGAGGCGAUGGUGGAUACGGAGGCAGUGGUGGUGGGAGGUAUGGUGGAGGUGGCGGUGGAUAUGGUGGUGGUGGAGGUUAUGGUGGCGGCGGUGGAGGAGGAAGUGGGUGUUACAAGUGUGGGGAAGAAGGUCAUUUUGCUAGGGAUUGUAGCCAGGGUGGUGGAUAUGGUGGCGGCGGAGGCGGGAGAUAUGGUGGUAGCGGUGGAGGUGGCGGUUGUUUCAAGUGUGGGGAGGAAGGGCACUUUGCUCGAGAAUGCACCAACAGCAGCAAUCGCUGAAGAUUGGUAUUGACAACAAGAGGGUGAAUGUGUAUUUUUACAUCUUGCAUCCUUUUGUCUAUGUCAUUUACUGUUUUUGAAUGAUCACCAUUUCCAUUAGGAUAUGGUUCCUUCCUUUGUUAUUACCUAUUAAUAGUAGUAGUGGUGGUUAUGAACGAGUAUGAAUAUUUUGGGGCAUGCACUUUCUGUACAUGUAUACAUACAUGCUUGGAAGAUUUUGAUCAAUUAUAAAGUGCUAGUUUUUGUUGCCUUUCCA